GUUGUACUUACUUCCUGGUUUCAUAUGGAAACAACAAGGAAAUGUAACAAAUUUCGCGAAAGUUCGCUGUAAAUAUUUAUUGCAUUUUCUGUAACUUGAUCAAAACGCUAUAAAUAUCACCCGAAGUGUAUUAACAAUCGUUAGAAAACAAUAAACCGACGAUGACUUAGUAUGAAUGACUGAGGGGAAAAGUGAGGACGUGGUACGAGUGCCACGUCACUGGAUUUCUACGAGGUGAAGGACCGCUACAUCAAACCCCCUUAUCUCACUUCAACAUUACACCAGUGUACAAGCACCUCACACACCUGUGCUAGACAUUAGAGAUUUGAUCUAUCAGACGGCAAAAUGACGGCAUCAAAUUGGGGUCUGAUCAUGAACGUUGUGAACAGUAUCGUGGGUGUGAGCGUAUUGACGAUGCCCUUCUGCUUCAAACAGUGUGGAUUUGUUUUGGGAAUCUUAUUGUUGUUCUUCUGUUCGUGGAUGACCCACCAGUCCUGUAUGUUUCUGGUCCACUCAGCCAGUAACACCAAACGCAGGACUUACGCUGGACUGGCAUUUCAUUCUUAUGGAAAAUCAGGCAAAGCACUUGUGGAAUUGAGCAUGAUUGGCCUGAUGCUUGGGACAUGCAUUGCCUUCUAUGUCGUAAUUGCGGAUCUGGGAUCCAAUUUCUUUGCCCGGUUGCUUGGACUGGAGGUGACCUUCAACUUUCGUGUCAUGCUGUUGAUUGCUGUGUCGCUGUUCAUCGUGCUGCCGCUCGCCUUGCGGAGGGACCUGAUGUCAACCAUUCAGUCUUUUUCAGCCAUGGCUCUGAUCUUCUACACACUCUUUAUGUUCACGAUCGUGCUCUCCUCCUUCAAACACGGCCUCCUCAGUGGCCAGUGGCUGAACACGGUCAUUUACGUUCGGUGGGACGGCGUCAUUCGCUGCAUCCCUAUCUGUGGCAUGGCCUUUGCCUGUCAGUCGCAAGUAUUACCAACUUACGACAGCCUGGACGAGCCAUCGGUGAAGAGGAUGAGUACCAUAUUCAAGUCCUCACUCAACGUGGUCACCACCUUCUACAUUACAGUGGGCUUUUUUGGUUAUGUGAGCUUCACCGAUGACAUUGCUGGAAAUGUGCUGAUGAACUUCCCAUCCAACCUGGUGACGGAGAUGAUCCGUGUGGGUUUCAUGAUGUCCGUGGCCGUGGGCUUUCCCAUGAUGAUUUUGCCCUGUAGGCAGGCCAUCAAUACCAUGAUAUUCGAGCAACAGCAGAAAGAUGGCACCUUCGCGGCAGGCUAUAUGCCACCCCUUCGCUUCAAGUGCAUCACUCUCUGCAUCGUCUUUGGCACAAUGCUGGGUGGUAUCUUCAUUCCUAAUGUGGAGACCAUCCUGGGUCUGACUGGAGCCACCAUGGGAAGUCUGAUCUGUUUCAUCUGUCCAGCUCUCAUCUAUAAGAAGAUCAUGAAGAACGCCUGGACUGCACAGCUGGUUCUUUGGGUCGGCCUUGGCAUCCUCGUCAUCAGUACCUUCACAACACUGUCCAUUUCCUCAAAUGAGCCCCAGAAAUUCAAACCCCUUCCCAUCUCAGCCAAGACAGAGGACAAACUUCCCAUCCUGGACGUUCCUGACCUGCCUAAAGUACCUGGAGAGAAUAAGGUGGAUCCUGAUCCAGGUGAGAAGCCGGACGCGUUCAAGCCCCCGAUAGAGGUGGAAGAACCGAAAGAGAAGGUACCGGCAGAGCCUCCUCAAAUUAAUGUUCCGGUCAAUGUGGAUGAGCAAAAAAAUAAGGAGGAUGAGGUACAGCUGGACCGCCCUGAAGCAGUUACCCACUUUAAUUUUACAGCAGUGCCAGAUGGUGAAGCCCACCGUCACGAGCCGCCCAUCCCACACGACCGAGUUCAGGUAGAUGAGAUUAAAAACAAGGAGGAGCUAGAGGAUGAAAAGAGGGAGGAGAAGCGGCAGCUUGCCAAAGAGGAGGAGGAGCUUCUUGCUGAACAAGGGGCGGGGCAAGCCCAAGAGGUGGAGCAGGAAUCGAUUAAAAAGGAGGAGCCAAAAAAUGAUCCUGUGAAAAAGGGUGUUGAUGGGGACCAGCUUGCCGGAAAUGAGGUUUUGGAAAAGGUUGAUAAACCAGAGGAUCAAAAGAAGGUUGAGCCGGUGGUGGUGGUGGUCCAUAAAGAACCAGAGAACCAACCUGUCGUUAAAGAACAGGGAGAGAAAGAAGCUGCCGCAGAGAAGAAACCAGAGGAACCCGAACCUCAGGCUGAGAAACCGAAGGAGCAGGUUCCUGUGCUGGAGCACAAAGAAGAGAAGGUUCUGGAUGGAAAAGAAGGAGGAGUGGUGAAGGAUGGAGAUGGGGAUAAGAUGGAAGUGAUUAAAAAGAUUGUCGCAGAGGGUCAGCUGGACCACGCUGUCCUGCUGCAGGUUAUUAUGGAGCAGCAAGAACAGCAGAAGAGACUUCUGGACCAGCAGGAGAAACUCUUAGCUGUUAUUGAGGAACAACACAAGGAGAUCCACCAAAUCAAAGAGGGGGAAGAAGAACCAAAGGCAGCAGAUCAGCAGAUAAAGCACGCGGUCCAGGAAGAGAAACACGUGGCUGUGCUUGAGGAGCACAAGGAGGUCAAUCAAAUAAAAGAAGCUGAACAGAAAGCAGCAGCAGGAGAUGGUGCAGGUGAGAUGGAGAACAUUGUGCACAAGCAUCCAGAUGGACUAGAGAGGGCAGAGAAGCCCAAAGUUGCUGCCGUCGAUCCAGACCAAAUGCAGCUGGCCCGGGAAGAAGCUGCGCACGUUGCUGCUGCUGAGCCAGCGGCAAAUCAACCCGGGCUUCCCCACAAUGCCAUCAAGUCGGUGCAAGAGGGAGGUGUUGUACUUUCCAAACAGGAGGAGCUUCCGCUGAAAAACGAUGUAGAAGCAGUUCCUGCGGAUAAGGAGCUCGGAGCCCGAGGCGUCCCGCUACGCAAGCGCGAGCCAGACCUGCCCAGAGACAGUCCCGACGCUAUAGCCGAGGAGGAGGAAAGGCUGAAACAGAAAUUGGCCGAACUUGAAGCCGAGAAAGAAAGGAAAGAGAAAGAAAAGCUGGAGAAGGAGAGGAUCGAAAAGGAGGUCCAGGCACGCGUAGAGAAAGAACGGAAGGAGAGGGAGAGACGUGAGGAAUUAGAGCGCGAGCAGGAGCUGGAACGCUUGCGUCAGGAAAAGGAGCGGAUGGAGAGGGAAAGGCUUGAAAAGUUGAAAGAAGAUCGGGAGAUCAUGGAACAGGCGGAAAAUAAGAAAAAGGUGCUCGAGGAGCAGGAGCAGUUAGAUCCCCUACAGCAGAAGGACGCCCCCAAACCGGAACGCCCACUUGAGAUAAAGAAAAACGCAGGCAGGGACUUAAAAGAAGAGAUAAUCGCACCGGAGGAGAAUGUUAAAGAAGUAAAGAGGAGCAGAGAGGAUGGAGGGAUGGAUCUUAGGAGGAGGCGCAGAGAUGUGGACCCUGAGGUGGGUGGAGGUGCUAAACUGGAUCAUCUGAUGGACUUGGGGGCGUCAGACCUGGAGGGACGGCUUCUGGCCGGGGUUCAGGUGCACAUGCGCCAACUUAAACAGACAUUUCAGAGUCAGGAGAAAGAAGACUAGAGUUACAAAUUGAUCCAGAAUGAAGAUCUGAGAUUUACACCGUAUUCAGCCUGAACUCUUGGAUGUCUCACUGUACGUCUCAAAUGGACAUGCGGACACGUGCAUUCGGUUAAGUAGGAAGCUACCGUUAGAACAUCUCAUACCUUUCAUUCUCAUUUUAAAACUAGAUGCCUUUGUCACAACCUUCCUUUAUUCAGGACUCAUGACAAUGAGCGAUUUGCUUUGAUACUUCAGUGUCCUACACGGAAUGCUGAGUCUCUUAUGAUCUUCUGUUGUUAUAUUGUGUGAGAUUUUGCUGAAUCUGGUGCAAUAAACUGAAUGUCUGGUGUAAUAAACUGAGCGGCAUCACAGUUAAAAAAAAAAUCGUAAUUAAAAACGGACACACAGGAGAUUACACAAUAGAAGAUUGCAAAUUAGGACAAACACGCCCUCUAGUGGUUCAUAUUGUUGAUUGCAAACCAAAGCGUAAUGUAAUUAUUGCAUUCUGACCUGUUUAAGUUUAACCUUAAUAGAUUUGUAAUUAUUUAAAGGUCAACUUGAUGCCCACCUAUCAUAUAGCUACUGAGUUGUUGGGUUUAAUGGAGUGUUAAUGUUAUUUUGGAUUCAAUAAUCCAAUGUCUUGAAAUGAAACCUUUCCUAUCAUUUGUAUUUUUCAAGUGUACUUUUGAUCUUAAGUAUUUAAGAGUCUUUAAAGACUAGGGUUUAAAAAUAUUGUUUGUAUUACCGAAACUGAUUCUUAAUGAUUUUGAGCAAAGGCUUUAAAUAUGUAAUAUUAUUUUCUAUAUAUUGAUAUUGCAUUAUAUUAGAUAAUAAUUCCUAUUCAUCCAAAGCCUUUUUUACAGAAAUGAUAUUUUUAAAGAGUAUAUUUGCUUCUAAAUUAGUCCUUAUGCAGUUUUCCCACAAAAGUCACUUUUACUAAAUAUCGCAGAAUUCCUGAUGCUGAAUGUUUCAUCUCUAUUCAUGUCUAUUGCUACAGUAGCUGGGUUCAUUUGUGUUGUGUAUAUAGUGUGUAGAGUCUUUUUAAACAUGUUUUGACUUUGGAUCCUACAAAUAAUCAGUUUUGUAAAUUUAUGGUUUGCUGCUGAACAUAGCAUGACUGUCAAGUUCAGUAUUUUACUGUGGAGGUUUUGAUUUAAAUAUUGAGGGUUACAUUAUUCUGUUCUUACAUUCCAUGUUUUUCCUAUGAAUAUUUUAAUCAGGUCAGGUGCCUUGUGGUUUAUUAUAAUGCAAUAAUGAAGACUGUUACACCCACACUGUGUGUGGAUACGUCUUUCUUCCAAAUCUCCUGUACAGUUUUCCGCUUUGCUUUGGGAACUUUCCGGUGAAAAAAAAUGGUGUGAGGUCAUAAGAGGUUCAUUGAACGCUGCGUUCUUAUUGGUCGGUAACAUUGUUCACAUAACCAUAUGCAUUUGUUGAAAAGAUACAAAAAGGGAGUGUAAAUUAAAAUGUAUCUUGGUUAAAGAUACUUUUAAUUGUAUUGUAACAGAUUGCAGACGAUAACUUAAAUAUAUAAGACAUGUUUGGCUUAAACAGAACUGUUAGUUAAAAUCUUUAGUAUUUGAUGUUUAAUUGGAUUAAAUUAAUAAAGUUAUUUAUGAAGCGGCA